CGGGGAGAAGCUUUCCAAGGAAAAUCCACCUUGGUGGCAGCGGGAAGAGCGAAGCGGGUUGUUUGUACCCCUUGGAGCAAGAUACUGGGAGCACCAGUGCUGACCACAGGGGAGGAGGAGCUGCUCACCAGGAUAGCAGCAGAGCUGGGCCCUUUGUAGAGCUGCUCAGAAAGCAUGGACCAGGUAAAGCCAGAGCUGGGCACCCACAGGAGGGGACUCAGUGCCAGCUGCUGGAAGGGAACCAUUGCUGCUGCCGUGGUGGGCAGCAUCACAGCCCUGUACCUGGGGAUCCUGCUGGCCUGUUAUCCCAGCGGAGAGACCAGCUUCGAGCACACGGUGGAGCUGGGGGGCAUUGCCUUCAACAGCAGCCUGCAGACGGAGAGCUCGGAGUACUACAGGGUGCUGACGCCUGCUCUCGAGAGGCUGUUCCUGUCCAGCUUCCAGGAGUCCCCCUUGGACUGGAUGUGCACUGGCUGCACCAUUCUGGGCUACAGCAGGAAUGGAAACUCUUCAUCCGUGAUCGUCCGCUUCCGCCUCCGCUUCGCUCCCCAGGACUCGCAUCCCCUGAGCUCCACCAUGGAGGAGGCAGCCCUGCGGCAGGGGCUGGCGGCUGCUCUGCACAAGCAGGGGCUCUCCCUGGCUGCCUAUGGGACCAUAUCCUCGGCUUCUCUUACAGGUCCCAGUGAGGUUUCUCCCCGCAGACCUGGUCUGAGAUCAGAGUGUGGGAGCCGCCCGGCCAUGCAGACUGCCGGCAGGAUAGUGGGGGGCUCGGAGGCAUCCAGAGGGGAGUUCCCAUGGCAAGUGAGCCUGCGAGAGAACAACGAGCACUUCUGUGGAGCCGCCAUCCUCACGGAGAAGUGGCUGGUGUCUGCUGCCCACUGCUUCACUGAGUUUCAGGACCCAGCCAUGUGGGCAGCUUACACAGGGACCACCUCGCUCAGAGGCUCGGACAGCGGUGCGGUGAAGAUGGGCAUCGCACGGAUCAUCCCGCAUCCCUCCUACAACACUGACACGGCCGACUACGACGUGGCCGUGCUGGAGCUGAAGAGACCCGUGAGCUUCACCAAGUACAUCCAGCCCGUGUGCCUGCCCGAUGCUGGGCACCACUUCCCCACCAGCAAGAAGUGCCUGAUCUCUGGCUGGGGCUACCUCAAGGAGGAUUUCUUGGUGAAGCCUGAAUACCUGCAGAAAGCAACAGUGGAGCUGCUGGACCAGACACUGUGCUCCAGCCUCUACAGCCAUGCCCUCACUGACAGGAUGCUGUGCGCUGGCUACCUGGAGGGGAAAAUAGACUCCUGCCAGGGCGACUCUGGUGGGCCCCUAGUUUGCCAAGAACCAUCUGGCAAGUUCUUCCUGGCGGGAAUCGUGAGCUGGGGCAUUGGAUGUGCGGAAGCCAGGCGGCCUGGGGUGUACACUCGUGUUACCAAGCUCAGAGACUGGAUCUUGGAUGCUAUUUCCGAGUUCCCCACCUCCGGAGCCCGCACCCUCCCUCUAACCCACUCCAGCACCGACAGUAACGCGGUCAACCCUGAAGAGCUCAACUCCACCCCCAGCAGAGCAAUCCCCACCUCUUCACCAGCCCCGGCUGCCCCCAAGGCAGUGACUGCACCCGGAGCACAAGAGUGCGGGCAGCGACCUGGCUUCUCGAAACCCAUCAGGAUUGUCGGAGGAACGGAUGCUUCCAGAGGAGAGGUGCCCUGGCAAGUCAGCCUGAAAGAGGACUCGAGGCACUUCUGUGGAGCCACCAUCAUAGGGGACCGCUGGCUGCUGUCGGCAGCUCACUGCUUCAAUGAGACAAAUCCAGAAGAGAUUGAAGCCUACAUGGGAACAACAUCGCUCAACGAAACAGAUGGAGGUGCAGUGAAAGUCAACAUCACAAGGGUGAUCCUGCACCCCCUCUUCAACCCGAUCAUGCUGGACUUCGACGUGGCUGUCCUUGAGCUGGAGAGGCCUCUGGUCUUCAACAAGCACAUCCAGCCCCUGUGCCUCCCGCUCGCUGCGCAGGAGUUUGCCGUUGGCCAGCGAUGUGUCAUUUCUGGAUGGGGUAGCCUCCAAGAAGGGAAUGCCACCAAGCCUGAGGUCCUGCAGAGAGCCUCUGUGAGCAUCAUAGACCAGAAAACCUGUGACUUCCUCUACAACUUCUCCCUCACUGACCGGAUGAUCUGUGCUGGCUUCCUGGAGGGGAAGGUAGACUCAUGCCAGGGAGAUUCAGGAGGGCCCUUGGCCUGUGAGGUGACCCCAGGCACGUUUUACCUGGCUGGCAUCGUGAGCUGGGGCAUUGGCUGUGCCCAGGCUAUGAAGCCCGGUGUGUACUCCAGAGUUACCAAGCUCCAGGACUGGAUCCUGGGCACCAUCUCACAGUUGCCCAGUCCUGGCCCAGGCAGCCCUUCCAGUUCAGCUCCCACAGCCGUUCUCAGCCACCAGCCCAGCCCAGCAUCUGCAGGUCCUGACAACAGAACCACGCUGGGGAUGAGGACAACCACAAGCAUGAAGGAAACCUCCCCAGUACUGGAAACCAGUGAGGCUGCCGAGCCCACCCAAACCCCAGGUAAAGCUGAUUCAUUGCUGUGUUGGGAUGAGACCUCCAGCCCCAGCACAGCAGGUACUGAGCAGGGUAUGGAUUAUUGCCUUCCAGUGGUGCCUUGUACCAGCCUCACCUUUGAGUGCUCCAGCAAGGUCUGUAUUGGAAAAGAAAACCCUGAAUGUGAUGGCAUCAUGGACUGCAGCAACGGCUUCGAUGAGCGCAACUGUGAUUGUGGCUCGACGACCGCUCUGGCCUUCAGCAAGAUCGUGGGUGGCAGCACCGCGGCUCGAGGAGAAUGGCCCUGGCAAGUGAGCCUCUGGCUGCGGCGCAAGGAGCACAAGUGUGGGGCUGUGCUCAUUGCCGACCGGUGGCUGCUCUCUGCAGCUCACUGCUUUGAUAUUUACAGUGACCCCAAAAUGUGGGUGGCCUUUCUAGGAACCCCCUUCCUGAAUGGCGUCGAUGGCAAAGUGGAGAAAAUAUUCCGUAUCUACAAGCACCCUUUCUACAACGUCUACAGCCUGGACUACGACGUGGCCCUGCUAGAGCUGAGCGCGCCCGUCAGCUUCAGCAGCACCAUCAAACCCAUCUGUCUCCCGCACAAUUCCCACAUCUUCCAUGAAGGAGCCAGAUGCUUCAUCACAGGCUGGGGCUCCACGAAGGAAGGAGGUCUCAUGGCAAAGCACCUGCAAAAAGCAGCCGUGAACAUGAUUGGAGACCAGGCCUGCAAGAAGUUCUACCCAGUGCAGAUCAGCAGCAGGAUGCUGUGCGCUGGCUUCCCGCACGGCACCGUCGACAGCUGUUCAGGCGAUGCAGGCGGGCCCCUGGCUUGUAAAGAACCCUCCGGGAAGUGGUUUCUAGCAGGAAUCACCAGCUGGGGCUAUGGCUGUGCCAGGCCUCACUUCCCUGGGGUCUACACCAAAGUCACAGCCGUGCAGGGCUGGAUUGCACAGAACCUCAAGCUCUGAAGCUGUUUCACCACUCAGGGAAGACAAAUGAGAAGAGUCAUUGUCAGACGAUGCACUAACCCCUCAACACUUGUUCUGUUGCUGCAAAGGAGUGAUGAUGGCCAAGCCAAUGCCAGUGUUGUGUGACCCACAGCGACCGUGAGACUAGGGCAUUUGAUAAGUGCUUUGCAUAGAAAGGUACAAUUCUAGACAUUUUCUAUAAAUAAAGGAGGCCUGU